UUUCAGUUAAUCUGUAUAGGCAGUUCUGGUACAGAAAAGACAUGUUUAAUAAAGCAUUUCUGUGACAGCAAGGUAAUUGUUUUUACCAUAUAACACAGGAAUAGGCAACUUACAGCCCAAAGGUCACAAACAUUUAAGCUUAAUGCAGCCCACUAGAUCUUCCAGGACAGGGUUGAUUUUUUCAUAAAAUGUAUAAAUUAUAAAUUAUUUUUUUGUAAAAGCCUUUGGAAAUUAAUAAUCACAGAGUAAAAUGUUCCAGCUGUAAGACCCGGUAUCAAUAAUAAAAUCAAAUUAAAAAUUAUUCCACAGCUUAUAUUUUAAAUUGAAAUUUAGUGAAUUUCCGAAGCCCCAUUUCAAAAAUAUUUAUUUAAAAAUUAUCAUGCUUCCUACCCAAAAAAAUUUCCAUUAGGCCCUCAGCACAAAAAGGUUGCCUACCCUUCAUAUAACUGGAAAGUUAUUCCCCUAAAAUUUAAAUGUACCGGUAGAUAAAGUUCAGGGUUAAUAAAAACUGGGGGUAAAUCCAUAGCAAAAUAAUUAUGUUUUAUAUGCAAGUAAAGGAAAGAGUGUGGAAAAGUUUUGAAGGCUAGUUCUUCAUACACGCUGAAGUAGCAUGGAUAAAAUAAAUAUUCAUUUCAAUUCAACAAGCAUCAAAAUAAAGUAUAAAGUGCAAUGACAGAUAUGUACAUAGUAAGAUAUCUUUUGCCACUUUCAAGGGGAUUCAUUCAACUGCAUAGAAAAUUUAAUCAAACACACAUACUUAAACAAAUUUUACAGCUACAUCUUCAAUUUUUAAUGGUGCAAAUUUGAGGUAGGAAAACUUUUUUGUCCGCAAAACAAAUGAAUCAAGGAAAGUUUAUGUCACAUCAUGUUCAAAGGAAAUCAUAUCUGCUCCCAAAUUAUCCAAAAUCUUUGUGGGGGGGGGGGGGUUGCAAUCACCAACACAUAUUCAUAUAGGUGCAAUGGCUAUGGUUUGUAAGUCGUAUCUCAUUUUAAUUUUGUUUAAAUUAUUUUUGAGAAAUAAUUAAACAAUAUUUCCUAUCAAUACAAUAAACUAGCUUUAACUUCUACAUUAACAAAUAGAAUCCCUUUAAAAAGAGGAGAAAAAAUUCCCUAAGUAUGCUUUGGUUUUUUCAUGUGUUGUCAAUAAUUUCUCUUGCUUCCUUCACAAUCUAAUUUUUUUUUUUUAAUUAUUGAAAAGUUAAAGUAUACUUAUAAAAAGCAGUACAACUUUCCAGUUCAAUUCAGGUUACCAGGCAACAGUUGGGGUAGAUUAUGGAUUUAAAGUUCAGCAUCUCAAUGGAAUUGACUGUAAGUUUUUAAUAAAUAAUAUCAGAUGCAUUUUGUACAGCUGCAUCUCUUUAUGCAAGGAUUCAUCCUCAAUUUUAUUCCAUUUUCUUAAUUUCUAGUAUAAUAAUGUAUUAAUUUUAUAUAUUAUAAUCAAAACUAAUUAUAGUUUGGUAGACUUUAUAAAGUUUAUAAAGUGGUUGCAAAAAAUUCCAAGAAUGUAUUCAGGAAAUUGAUUUUAGAAGUGCUAGUUAUCCUUGUAUUUGUAGAUUAUGUCAUCCACAAAGACUAAACAGAGUGCCACAUGAUGAAUUAGGUGCAACGCCAUCCAGCUUUAUAAAAUAAUACAAUCAGAACACACCCGCUGCUAAAAUAACAAACUGGGUUAAAAUUGCCCUAUGUUUUCAAUUAAAAUGUAAAAUUUAUUUGGAAUGUAUUCACUCAAAAUAGUUGAAAAUUUAUUUAAAAACUACGUAAGUACCGGUAUCAAAAAAAAAAUAAUUACCCUUGUCAUUCUAUGAAAUUUUGCCUUGCAUGAAACAAUCUAUAAUUAGGAUGCACCUUAAUUAUUACAGUGAGAGUUCACCUCUGGGACUUGUCUGGCAGUUCAGAAUAUUUUGAAGUGAGAAAUGAACUCUACCCAAAGACAGAUGGCAUCUUUAUUGUCUAUGAUAUCACCAACAGUGCAUCGUUUGAAUCCCUAGACUACUGGCUAAAGGAAAUAUCAAAAUACUCAACCACAAGGCCUGUGAUUUUUAUAGUUGGAAACAAGGUAACAACAAACAAAAGAAUCAAAGUGUUGUUUCAUAAAAAUUAUCUGUAUUGCGAAAGUCCUUUUCUUGAUCAUACCUUUAACAAUUGUAGACUUUUUAAAGCUUUGUUCUAGAUAUUAGGAUUUUUAUAGUUGGAAACAAGGUAACAACAAACAAAAGAAUCAAAGUGUUGUUUCAUAAAAAUUAUCUGUAUUGCGAAAGUCCUUUUCUUGAUCAUACCUUUAACAAUUGUAGACUUUUUAAAGCUUUGUUCUAGAUAUUAGGAUUUUUAUAGUUGGAAACAAGGUAACAACAAACAAAAGAAUCAAAGUGUUGUUUCAUAAAAAUUAUCUGUAUUGCGAAAGUCCUUUUCUUGAUCAUACCUUUAACAAUUGUAGACUUUUUAAAGCUUUGUUCUAGAUAUUAGGAUUUUUAUAGUUGGAAACAAGGUAACAACAAACAAAAGAAUCAAAGUGUUGUUUCAUAAAAAUUAUCUGUAUUGCGAAAGUCCUUUUCUUGAUCAUACCUUUAACAAUUGUAGACUUUUUAAAGCUUUGUUCUAGAUAUUAGGAUUUUUAUAGUUGGAAACAAGGUAACAACAAACAAAAGAAUCAAAGUGUUGUUUCAUAAAAAUUAUCUGUAUUGCGAAAGUCCUUUUCUUGAUCAUACCUUUAACAAUUGUAGACUUUUUAAAGCUUUGUUCUAGAUAUUAGGAUUUUUAUAGUUGGAAACAAGGUAACAACAAACAAAAGAAUCAAAGUGUUGUUUCAUAAAAAUUAUCUGUAUUGCGAAAGUCCUUUUCUUGAUCAUACCUUUAACAAUUGUAGACUUUUUAAAGCUUUGUUCUAGAUAUUAGGGAUAUUAUUAUAAUAUCUUUCACUUUCAAUAAUAAAUUUCUUGAGGUACCAGUUUUAAAUGAAAUUAUUCUUCAGACUUAUAUAAGCCUUAAAUCAUUUAUCUGCCCUCCAUGCAUUUUUUAGUUUUCAUUUUUGUAUGAACAUUAUUUAUAUUACAUUUACCGGCAAAUAAAGUUGACAACCCGAAAAAUGAAUCUAAAAUGUGAGGAAAAUAAAUCUAAAAGGAAUUUCACUGUUAAUUAAUUUUUUUUAAACAUUUCUUGUGAGGAGAAAAAAUAUUUUUAUCAUAAAAAUUUCUUUAAGAAAUUAAUAUCGACUUAUUUAAUUGAAAUAUUUUAAAAUUUUUUGUUGAAAUGGACUUUGAGAAUGGAUGCAACAUGGCUGAACACUGAGGGAUGGCAGGGCGCCGAUAAUGAGAGAUAUUGUUCAUUUAGUUGUUUCAAUUAUGUGUUAGCUCAUCUCUCGAAAUCAAUCAAGGCCAUUUAAUUUUAAUCAUCGGAUUGGUGAUGGGAUCGCUACUGUCUAAGGGUGGGCAGAUGGCGGAUAAGAAUGAUUCUGGCACAAAAUAUUCUUGUACAGCAAGUGCAAGGGAUGGAUGUGACAUCUCCAGGUGCAAAGUUAGCCUUGGCUUGUCUUUUGUGACUUCAGCAGCCGAUCUAUUGGUUUCAUGUUUAUACCGCCUUGCAUAAGGUGGAAUGCCACAAUGCUCCAUCCUUUACUAAUUCUUUUCACAAGUCCAGGUUUCAUGAUAUGAUGCUUUGAUACUAGCAACACCAGCCAGAGGUCUCCAACCUUUUGUAUAAAAGAACCAUACUAAAGAGACAAUAUAUGAAAGACCAGCAUUGUGUUAUUUUAAAUAUUCAGAGUGCAGGCUCUAUAAUUUUCUUCAUUCAUGUAUUUGAAGGACCAUAAAUUGGCAAGCAUUGAUUUAAAAAGUUCCAAUGGAGGACAAGGUAGCCUGAAAUGCAGGACUGAACAUGGAACUCUCAGAAAUAUUUCGGCCUAUCUUGUACAACACCUACAAGUUAUUUAUAUGAUGUUUGAGUUAACUUGGUAUAACGAUGGCAUAUUUCAUUAUCUUUCAUAGAUAGACUUGCAGCAGAAAAGGGCAAUAACACUAGUGGAUGGAAAGACAUUUGCUCACAACAACAAAUGCGGGUAAACUUUGUCAUGUUCGUGGGCAAAAUGUGAAUAUGUUACAGUGCAUGUUUAAGUUAUAAAGUCUCACCAAAAUUAACAUUUAAUCUGUAUGUGGUACAACAGGAGUUGUCAGGAAAUGUAAAAACAAAGCAACUUGACCUAAUUUAUUUUUAUUUAUUUUUUUUUAAAUUUUUUUUUUAGAUAUUUUGAAACAUCUGCACUUACAGGAGAAGGCAUUAGUGAGAUGUUCCAAGAACUGCUGUUCAAUAUAAUGAACAAGAAGACAGAACAGUCCACUGGUGGGUUAAAUAAGAGCAAAAUUCUGUAAAAAAAAAAGGGAGAUCCAACAAGUGAUGGAUAGUUUCAAGUCAUCACAGGUUUUUGACUGCCAAAGGAUAACAAGUAUGAAGAGAAUUCUUAAUGAAGUAAGAACAAAGCAAAAAAAACCAGAGGAAGCUAAAAACAAAUAUCGGCCACCUUCCCAACAGGAAAACUACAGCCAAGUACAAUUGAUAACAUUGACUUUCCUCAUUGAAACAUGAGUAGCCCACCCGGCAGAAAGUGACUGGUUUUGUAUCUUGUAUUGGAAAAAUAUCCACUCGAAUUUUGAAUAAAUUUACUAACAUUGUUCACACCCAUAAAGACAGCAUUGAUGUAAAAUUCGUGCAUGUAAAAUCAUAUUUGUUGUUGAUAUGAAGAAGAUACAUACAAAGCUUUUACAUUUAUUUGUUCACUAUUUAUAGACAGAGAGGAAACAGAGAGGAACAGAAGAGGAUAGUUUUCAUGUCAUCUGUGGCACCCCAAUGGUCCAAGGACUAAGGGACAUGAUGAUGAUGAUGAUGUAUAAGAUGCUGUUUCUGUAGAGACGUUCCAAAAACAAAUAUUCGUGUACCCUGAAGUGUUAGCUGAAUUCUUUUCAGUAAUUUAAUAUGUACUUCAUAAAUGAUUUGAUCAGACCAGGGAUACUUCCCCAAAAUACUGUAAUGUAAAUAAUAAACCGAUUUAUUUCAAAGAAAGCAAAAAAUAGACAAAUGUAUUCAUUCUUCUUAUUUUGUCAAUUUGAUUAUUCCAAAUGCUUGAUAGCAGGCGCAAAUAUAGAAUCCCUGAUCAAAAGUUUUGAGUCAGUUUUUAAAAAAUUCCAGUCAAGAGAUCGUGUAGGCAAAUAGUGUGUGAGGUCAUUAGAUAGCAGACGUAAUGAUUUUGACUGAAAGUAUGUAAUAAUAUUGCGAAAUGCAGUUAUUGCAAUAAACCUCUGUGUCGAAGUGCUUCUUUGAAUCUUAAAUCCCAAAACAACAUCUUUGGGCGACAUGUCACUGGGCAAUGCUAUUCGAACCAACGCACACCACCAUGUGAUUUCAACUUGAAGCUGCACCAAAAUAAGUUGAAGCCGCAUAAAGAAAUUACAAAUAUUUAAUUAUAGAACAACUGAUAUUUUUAUGCAUCUGCAGUGGCUACUUGAUAGAAAGGCAAAUUGUUCUCAUCGGAAUGAGUUCCAGGAAAAAAAUCCUGACUUGGUUUCUUAAUAAAAUUCCUUAUAAGCUUUGUCAAAAUUGUUAAUUUAAACUCUAUAGCAC